GAGAUAGAGCAAUGGUGGCAAUUUGGGAAGAAAUCGAGCUUUCUGAAAGGAAAUAGCACUUUCGACAAUGACUUUUCAAGUUUGUAUAUGCGAGAUAGCCGGAUAAUUUUCAUUUGAGAGAUGUCCCCAUAUCCAUGUUGUUUCUCUCGUUGGUUCAUGCAAACCCUGGAUUUUAAGUUCAUAGAUUGAAUGGAAAAAAAAAAAAAAGAGAAGAGAAGAAGAAGAAGGAUAAGAUAGAAUGAGAUGACCGUGCUGUGGUGCUCUUGAACUGGCCUUGAUUAGAUAUUAUAAUCAGAAUCCAAAAAAUAGGCAAAAAAAAAUUGCCCACACUAUCGUUCCCUUUGAGUUAUGUAAAGGAAGCAUUUGUGUGAUAUUGUCAUAUUGGUUCCCAGCUACCUUGUUUGCUGUAUGUUUGAGGAGGCAGCGACAAUAGCUUCCUCUGUUCUGAAGCAUGUAUGUGACAAUAAAUCUACUGAUGUUAGAGAAGAUGAUCAACUGUAUGACAUAAUGGAAUCAGCUGGUAUGGUGUUGGUUCAGUCCUUAAAGGAACUUGGGAGGACACUGGAAAUACUGAAUGAGCUUAGGCAAUUAUUUGGUUCAGUUACGGCUAUCCCCAUUCAAGUUCUUCUUGCUGGGGCAUGUUUUGAAAUAUCAGAAGGUUCUACUUUUGGUGUUAAACAAUUUCUUGAGGAGUUCCUUGGCAAAUGGAGGUAUGUGGAUGAACAAUACUAUGUUCCUGCUGGCAGAGAGCCAAAUGUGGUUUGUAUGGGAGGAUGUGAUAGGAGUUUUACAUUGGGAAUUGGCGAGUACCUUGAAGUCGUUGAUGUCUAUGUUGUGACACUUCUUGGGAGUGUUCUAAAUGACAUGGAACAUGCUUUCUCUUGGGUUGAGAAAGCUGAAUUACCUGAGGAAAAAAGAAAGGAACUUUUGAUGACAUUACACUCCCUUCACCCCCCUAAAGCCAAAUUAUCACAAGGUUCCUUGUCAAAUUCUCUAGUGGAUGAUCAUGAAGCUCAUUGUUCUUCUUCAAAAGAAGUAAUUCUAUCUGAGGGACACCUGAAAGGCUUGAAGCCCCAACACCCACCAACCAAUGGAGAGAAGGAUAGGAGAACAACAGUUCUAAACUUGUCCAAACGAAUGGAUUCAUGUUUCUGGUGGUACCGUUCCAUCACUCUGAAGCUUGGCAAUACUCGGGUGGUCAUAUCCAAUGGAAAGAUUAUGCUGGGCUGUUUGAUCUUUCUAGUAUAUUACAUUUUUCGAAGGAAACGAGCUACUUUAAAGAGGAUUGCUAGCAGACAAGCUUCCUCCAUGAAAGAGGCUUUGACCAGCUUGUGGCAGCUUGCCUUCUCAUACCAAGUAAACCCCCUAGCAGCCCUUCAACCCCUCCCUGCUGCAGCACCCGGAAACCGGUCAUGAAGCUUUUUAUUACAGCUUUCUUUCUCCAGAAAACCGUGUGCUUCAUCGACUGAGGGAUGGAGGUUUUGCCUUUUUUGUGAACCUUAAAUAAUUCCUGGAAAUCGUAAUAGAUAGAUAUAUUGGGGGCAUGGGCCACACUGGUAUGCAUUGUCGUAAGAUUUAGCCCCAUUGUUGUCAUAAAUUCGUAGUGUUUUGUUGAUAUUUAGCGAAAAAUAGAAAAGGAUGAUAUGUCAAUUUUUUCCAUUUUCUUUCAUA